AUGACUGUGAUGAAAAUUAUGUGGAAGUCAAUAUUUCCAAGCUGUUACAAGGCUGAAGAUACCGAAUACUCUUCAGCCAAAGCCAAAGAAACAACAAAAGUGGUUGCUACAAAGACAAAUUCUUUCAACAGAAUCUCUCUCACGGAUCUGAGUUUUCCAAGUGCUACAACACUUUCUGAAGAUCUUUCAAUUUCUUUAGCUGGUUCUAAUCUUUAUGUUUUCACUCUAGCUGAGCUGAAGACUAUUACUCAGAGUUUUUCUUCAACGAAUUUUCUUGGUGAAGGAGGGUUUGGUCCUGUCCAUAAAGGUUUCAUUGAUGAUAAGGUUAGACAUGGACUUGAACCUCAACCUGUGGCUGUUAAGCUCUUGGAUUUGGAUGGCUCUCAGGGUCAUAAAGAAUGGCUGACUGAGGUUGUGUUUCUUGGUCAACUGAGACAUGAACAUCUUGUGAAGCUGAUUGGAUAUUGCUGUGAAGAAGAACAUAGGCUUUUGGUUUAUGAGUAUUUACCAAGAGGAAGCUUAGAAAAUCAACUAUUUAGAAGAUAUUCAGCAUCAUUACCAUGGUCAACAAGAAUGAAAAUUGCUGUUGGAGCUGCAAAAGGUCUAGCCUUUUUACAUGAUGCAAAGAAACCAGUCAUCUACAGAGAUUUCAAAGCUUCAAACAUCUUAUUAGACUCAGAUUAUAAUGCAAAACUCUCUGAUUUUGGCUUGGCUAAAGAUGGCCCUGAAGGUGAUGACACACAUGUUUCAACUAGAGUUAUGGGCACUCAAGGUUACGCCGCACCCGAAUAUAUCAUGACAGGACAUUUGACAGCAAUGAGUGAUGUGUAUAGUUUUGGCGUAGUCCUACUGGAAGUAUUAACCGGAAGAAGAUCAGUGGACAAGGCACGUCCACCAAGAGAACACAAUCUAGUGGAAUGGGCCAGACCAGUUUUAAACGACGCUCGGAAACUGAGCAGAAUAAUGGAUCCAAGGCUUGAAGGACAGUACUCAGAAAUGGGAGCAAGAAAAGCAGCUGCAUUAGCUUAUCAAUGCUUAAGCCAUAGACCAAGAAACCGACCUACAAUGUCAACCGUGGUUAACACUCUCGAACCUCUUCAAGAUUUCGACGAUAUACCAAUAGGUACAUUUGUUUACACAGCUCCUCCGAGUGAUGUUAGUAAUAACGAAGUGAAGAACGAGAAUAACAACACCGAUACACCAAAAGAAAGAAAAAGAGAAAGUUCACAUCAUAAUCAUCAACACCGUAGAAACCAACAUGGCCAUAGUAAUAAUAAUAAUAAUGAAGUAGAACAUACGAAAGACGGUGAAGAAUAUUAUGAUAAUCCUAGAGAGAAAAGAAGGGAAAGUAGUGAGAGUCAUAGAAGAAAUCAUCAUCGUCGUCCGAAUGGACAUAAGCAUCCAUUAAAGUCACCAAAAGAACAAAGUGGGUCACAUUCACACUCACCUGAUACAUCCAUUACAUCAGAAAGCCAAGGAAAUUAG